GGAAGGAGGCGCGAGCUGUGGAAGCCGUGUCGCCAGUAGUGCGGCGGUGUGUCCACAUGGCGUUGUGGCGCGGCUCUGCGUGCGCCGGCUUCCUGGCGUUGGCCGUGGGCUGCGUCUUCCUGCUGGAGCCGGAGCUGCCGGGCUCGGCGCUGCGCUCGCUCUGGAGCUCGCUGCGGCUGGGGCCCGCGCCCGUGCCCCCGGGACCUCUGUCCCCCGAGGGCCGGCUGGCGGCCGCCUGGGACGCCCUCAUCGUGCAGCCCGCCCGGCGUUGGCGCCGCGUGGCUGUGGGAGUCAAUGCUUGUGUGGAUGUGGUGCUGUCUGGUGUGAAGCUCCUGCAGGCACUCGGCCUCAGCCCUGGAAGUGGAAGAGAUCAUGCUGUUCUACACUCAAGAAGUGACCUGGAAGAAGCCUUUGUCCACUUCAUGGGGAAGGGGGCCGCUGCUGAGCGCUUCUUCAGUGAUAAGGAGACCUUCCAUGACAUCGCCCAGGCUGCAUCAGACUUCCCAGAAGCCCAGCACUACGUAGGAGGAAAUGCAGCUUUAAUUGGACAGAGGUUUGCUGCCAACACAGACUUAAAGGUUCUUCUUUGUGGUCCAAUUGGUCCAAAGCUGCAUGAACUUCUUGAUGACAAUGUGUUUGUUCCACCAGAGUCACUGCAGGAAGUGGAUGAGUUCCACCUUAUUUUAGAGUACCUGGCAGGGGAGGAAUGGGGCCCGUUUAAAGCUCCCCAUGCCAACCGGUUCAUCUUCUCUCACGACCUCUCCAACGGGGCCAUGAAUAUGCUGGAGGUGUUUGUGUCUAGCCUGGAGGAGUUCCAGCCUGACCUGGUGGUCCUCUCUGGAUUGCACAUGAUGGAGGGACAAAGCAAGGAGUUCCAGAAGAAGAGGCUCUUGGAGGUUCUGACCUCCAUUUCUGACAUCCCCACUGGUAUUCCAAUCCACCUAGAGCUGGCCAGUAUGACCAACAAGGAGCUCAUGAGCAGCAUUGUGCAUCAGCAGGUCUUUCCCGCAGUGACUUCUCUGGGGCUGAAUGAACAGGAGCUGCUGUUUCUCAGCCAGUCGGCAUCUGGGCCCCAUGCUUCUCUCUCCUCCUGGGACGGUGUUCCUGAUGUGGGCAUGGUCAGUGAUAUCCUCUUCUGGAUCUUGAAAGAACACGGGAGGAGUAAAAGCAGAUCUUCAGAUCUCACCAGGAUCCAUUUCCACACACUGGUCUACCACAUCCUGGCAACCGUGGAUGGACACUGGGCCAACCAGCUCGCAGCUGUAGCUGCAGGAGCUCGAGUGGCUGGGACACAAGCCUGCGCCACUGACACCAUAGAUGUCAGCCGAGUAUCUCUAAGAGCACCUCAGGAGUUCAUGACAUCCCACUCGGAGUCUGGCUCCAGGGUUGUAUUAAACCCAAAUAAACCAGUGGUGGAGUGGCACAGGGAGGGAAUAACCUUCCACUUCACACCCGUGUUGGUAUGUAAAGACCCCGUUCGAACUGUGGGUCUUGGUGAUGCCAUUUCAGCUGAAGGCCUCUUUUAUUCAGAAGCACACCUUGAUUAAGAAGGCUGUAGAUGGUUGUGUGAGGAAUGAAAAUCACCCAUCCUAAGAACUCCAGGGAGAACAUAGCUUGGGAAAGAGACUGCGGGUGUCACAACAGUUCCUACAUCUAAUUGGAAGACAGCCAAAGAAAUGACAGCAGAUUAAACUGUAUAGAUACAUUCCAGCCUGUUGGCAAUUACAUAAAAUCACUUUCAGGUUUAAUUCAAAAUUAGCUAUCUACUAAUGAGACUGGAUUUUU